AUGUCUCCGGAUUCUAGAACAUGCUCCCUUGUCCUGUUCCUUUUUCUGAGCCAUACAAUGGCAAGCUGGAGAGUCCCCAAUCCCAGGCAGGAUUUGCAUCCAUUAUUACAAAAAAUGGCAGAAGAAAUAAUAGAGGGAAACUAUCUGAAUGCAUUACUGGAUCUCAUACAAUUUCAAAGCUCUCACAUGUGGACAGCAGGCCAGUCCCACAGAGUCCUGGCCUAUCUGAAUUCACAGAAUGUUGCCUUCACCAUCACCAGCCUGCAGGCAGCCGUGGAAAGUCACCUGGAGCAGCGUUUGUACCGGCCUCAGCAGCUGCUGGAGGACCUGAGGCAAACAGACGCUCCGCAGUUCCGCACAGCCAUGAAGUGGCUCUUAGAAGACAAGAAGGACCGCUUGGAACUGGAUGACAUUGUCAUUGACCUUGGAGAGCUUCGGGAAGGAGCCUUGCAGAGCCCUGGUGUGAACCGCAGCCUGUUUCUGGUCACACUGGAGAGGUGUUUUCAGGUUCUAAAUGCCCUGGAGUGUGUGGAGAUCCUGGGCAAGAUGCUGAGGGGCUCCUCAGGCAGUUUGCUGCAGCCAGACAUCACACAGAGGCUGCCCCGGGAUCUUCGCGAGGACGCCUUUAAGAACCUAUCUGCGGUGUUCAGAGAUGUCUAUGACCAAACCUCAGCUCAUUCCCAGAGAGCUCUCUACUCCUGGAUGACCGGGAUUUUGCAGACAUCGUCCAACAUCACUGGUGACUCUGUUUCAUGGGUCAGUGCAGAAAACUUAUGGAUUUUGGGCAGAUAUAUGGUUCACCUGUCAUUAGAAGAAAUUAUAAACAUUAGUCCUGCGGAAAUUGGGCUGUUCAUCAGCUACGACAACGCCACCAAGCAGUUGGACACAGUUUAUGACAUCACACCUGAGACGGCCCAGGCGUUGCUAGAGAGGAUCCGCUCCUCCAACUUUGACAUGAGGAAUACUUCUAUCAUCCACAGGCAAGGGGCGUGGGCUCUGGGUCCUGAGCCAUUUCCCAAGAUGCUGGGACUGCUGGUUUGUUUCUACGAUGACGUGGACUUCCUGGAUUCUGCUGUGGCCCAGGUGCUCCUUCAUCAGAUGAUCAAAUGCAGCCACCUGCGGGGCUCCCAGGCCGGCGUUCACAAGCUCAAAGCAGACAUCCUGGAAAUUGCCACCAAGAACCAGACCCUCAAUGAGACGCUGGGCUCUUUGUCAGAUGCAGUUGUGGGCUUGACCUACAGUCAACUGGAAUCCCUCUCCCCUGAGGUUGUGCAUAGUGCCAUCUCCACCCUCAACCAAGUCUCAGGCUGGGCCAAGAGCCAGGUCAUUAUCUUGUCUGCCAAGUACUUGGCCCAUGAGAAGGUACCGUCUUUCCACAGCAUCAACCAGAUGGGCGUGCUGCUGGCUGGCGUUGGCACCCAGGCCUUGCACAGCAUGGACCACAAGGACCUUGCUCAGGCCCUGAGAAGCGCGCUCUCCCAGCACGUGUCUGAUCUGUCGCCUGCCCAGCACCAGGGAGUCCUCAGCAAGAUAAUGGUAGCAGGAGACAUUGCCUCAGUCCUUGUCGAUUUACAUGGGGGUUUCUUUAAGGAAGUGUCUCUCUUUGAUUUGUGGCGGGAACCUGGAUUCAACACUACGGUCCUGAAAGAAAAGGAAAUUCGGAGGAGUCAGGCCUUGUUCCUGUAUGAACUGCUGUCAAGGACCACCAGAAGGCUGGAUGAGCUCUUGAGUGCAGGGCAGCUGGUCAAAGGUGUGAACUGCUCACACAUUGAAGCCAUGAGUGUGGAUUCCUUCUUGGCCAAUUUCCAGUAUUUUGAGAACAAUCUCUCCCUGCUCUCACCAUACCAGGUAAAUUGCUUGGCGUGGAAAUACUGGGAUGUUUCCAGGUCCUCGAUGCCACCUUUUCUUUUGGCUGCGCUCCCGGCCCGCUACCUGGCGUCAGUUCCAGCUUCCCAGUGUGUGCCCUUUGUGAUAAGCCUGGGCAAGCGUCAGUUGGACUCCCUGGUUUUAGAUUCCCACAAAAAGACGUCUGUCCUCAGGAAAGUACAGCAGUGCCUGGACAACUCCAUUGCUGAUGAGUACGCUGUGGACAUGGUGGGGAACCUGCUCUGCCACUUGCCUGCAGCCAUCAUUGAUCGAGGGAUCACUCCCAGGGCCUGGGCCACUGCCCUGCACAACCUCAGAGACUGUGUAGACCUCAGCCCAGAGCAGAAGGCUGCGGUGAGACGCAGGCUCCUGGAGCAGCAUGGACUCCCUCGGAACUGGACAGCCGAGACCACAAAGGACUUGGGACCUUUUCUAGUACUUUUCUCAGGCAAGGAAUUAAGCUCCAUCACCACAAAGUUCCCUGAUAUCUUUCAACAAACAGCUUCCAGCAUGACCAGGACCCUACCCCCAAAAGAAUUUCUCUGGGCUGUCUUCGAAUCUGUUCGUAGCAGCAGUGAUGAGAGCCCCAACUCUGACCCCAGCCCUGGUUGUCAUGGAGUUGUAGCUCCGUCUUCCAGUGAUAUCCUCAAGUUGGCCGAAGCCAAUGCCUGCUGGUCCCUGGAUGCCUUGCUCUGCAUGGAAGAGGACACGUUUCUCAGGAACGUGGAGCUGCUAGGCACACUCAAGGCUUUCAGCCAGCCUCAGCUGAUGACCCUGAAGGAGAAGGCGAUACAGGUUUGGGACCAGCCUUCUUACUGGAGAGAGCACCAUAUUGUCUCCCUGGGGUGCAUAGCUCUGGCUCUGAAUGAGAGUGAGUUGGAGCAACUGGAUCUCAGCUCCAUCGACACAGUGGCUUCCCUAAGCCGGCAGACAGAUUGGACCCCUGGACAGGCCAAAUCCAUCCUGCAAGGGUUCCUGGAGGAUUCAGGUCAUACAAUCCAGGAUCUCAAGAGCUUUCACUUAGUAGGACUGGGUGCAAUCUUGUGUGCUAUGAAUAUCACCGAAAUUCCACUUAUAAAGAUCUCAGAAUUCAGAAUGGUAGUGGCCAGAAUUGGGACCCUGCUCUGCAGCACCCAUGUUUUAAGUGAGUUUAAGAAGAAAGCAGAAGUCAUAUUUGGCGAUCCCGCUAAGUGGACCAGUCCCAUCUUGCAGGAGCUUGGGACCAUAGCAGCUGGAUUAACUAAGGAAGAACUUCAAAUGCUGGACAAAGAUUUGAUGCCGUAUUUCCAGCCAUCAGCAAUCAAAGGCCUUCCUGAUGAGAUAUUCAAAGACCUGUCCGCUGAGCAGAUCGCCUCUUUGGGCCCUGAGAAUGCGGCGGCUGUGACCAACGCCCAGCGCCGACAGCUCAGCAUGCAGCAACUGCAAAGCCUCCAGCAUGCGUUAGAUGGCGCUAAGGCCCGCUCCUGGCUGGACACACCUUUGAGCGCCAGCCCCACCCGGAUCCCCUCCUCACAUUCUCCACCAGGAGCUCCUAUCUGCUUGGGUCUUUGGCCUGGCUGCCUUCUGUUGGUUUUAAUGUCCAGGCCCCUGUGGUGA